AUUGGCUGACAGAGUUAUCAAUCACGCGACACACUCUCAGACUCCACCUCAUUGGAUAGCCUUUUUUCAAAUACCGGGAAGACAAUUGUCCUUCUGCUCUCGGAUUGGACAAUACCGAGGAAAGUGCUGGGAUUGAGAGGUUUAGACAACCGUCAGUUUCUUCUCCGUAGAAGGCACGCGAAGGGACAGCAGAGGUUCCAGAGUGCGUACCUCGCAGCGCUACCGGCGCGCCUGCCCUGGAAGAGGGGAAUUGGUUCUUUCGACUGUCAAUCGCUUCAGACGCGUUUUUCAUUGGCUUUAGUCAGGCUGUGCCCAACUGCCACUCGCGCGCGUCUUCCUCUUGACGCAUGCGUCUAAUAAGUGGCGCUCAUUGGUCGCUGAGAGUAGGGGGUGGGGGACUGGGAACGGAGGGACCUGCUGUGUGUGUGGAGGAGCAGCUGCCGGUGUCAUGGCGGAGCUGAGUGAGGAGGCGCUGCUGUCUGUAUUACCGACGAUCCGAGUCCCCAAGGCUGGAGACCGGGUCCACAAAGACGAGUGCGCCUUCUCCUUCGACACGCCGGAGUCCGAGGGCGGCCUCUACAUCUGCAUGAACACAUUCCUGGGCUUCGGGAAACAGUAUGUGGAGAGACAUUUCAACAAGACGGGCCAGCGAGUCUACCUGCACCUCCGGCGGACCCGGCGCCCGAGAGAGGAAGACGCUGCUGCGGGCACCGGAGACCCACCCCGUAAGAAGCCCACCCGGCUGGCUAUUGGUGUCGAAGGCGGGUUUAACCUCAAUGAGGAGAAGUUUGACUACGAUGAGGAUGUGAAGAUUGUCAUUUUGCCAAAUUACCUGGAGAUUGCCCGGGAUGGGUUGGGGGGGCUGCCAGACAUUGUCAGAGAUCGGGUGACCAGUGCGGUGGAGGCUCUGCUCUCGGCCGACUCGGCCUCCCGCAGGCAGGAGGUGCAGGCCUGGGACGGGGAGGUACGGCAGGUGUCUAAGCACGCCAUCAACCUCAAGCAGUUGGACAACCCCGCUCGAAUUCCACCCUGUGGCUGGAAGUGCUCCAAGUGCGACAUGCGGGAGAACCUGUGGCUCAACCUGACAGACGGCUCCAUCCUCUGUGGCCGCCGCAGGCUACCCGCUGGCCGUCAAGCUGGGCACCAUCACGCCCGACGGAGCCGACGUGUACUCCUAUGACGAGGAUGACAUGGUCCUAGACCCCAACCUGGCUGAGCACCUGUCCCACUUUGGCAUCGACAUGCUGAAGAUGCAGAAGACGGACAAGACUAUGACCGAGCUGGAGAUAGAUAUGAACCAGCGGGUUGGCGAGUGGGAGCUGAUCCAGGAGUCGAGUGUGCCGCUGAAGCCCCUGUUCGGGCCCGGCUACACAGGCAUCCGGAACCUGGGUAACAGCUGCUACCUCAACUCCGUGGUCCAGGUGCUGUUCAGCAUCCCCGACUUCCAGAGGAAGUAUGUGGAUAAGCUGGAGAAGAUCUUCCAGAAUGCCCCGACGGACCCUACCCAAGACUUCAGCACCCAGGUUGCCAAGCUGGGCCAUGGCCUUCUCUCGGGAGAGUAUUCCAAGCCCGCACCAGAAUCGGGCGAUGGGGAGCAGGCGUCAGAACAAAGGGACGUUCAAGAUGGCAUCGCCCCUCGGAUGUUCAAGGCUCUCAUCGGCAAGGGCCAUCCCGAGUUCUCCACCAACCGGCAGCAGGAUGCCCAGGAGUUCUUCCUUCACCUCAUCAACAUGGUGGAGAGGAAUUGCCGGAGCUCUGAAAAUCCGAACGAAGUGUUCCGCUUCUUGGUGGAGGAGAAGAUCAAGUGCCUGGCCACAGAGAAGGUGAAGUACACCCAGCGAGUGGACUACAUCAUGCAGCUGCCCGUGCCCAUGGACGCCGCCCUGAACAAAGAGGAGCUUCUGGAGUAUGAGGAGAAGAAGCGGCAAGCCGAGGAGGAGAAGAUGCCACUGCCAGAGCUGGUCAGGGCCCAGGUGCCCUUCAGCUCCUGCGUGGAGGCCUACGGGGCCCCUGAGCAGGUGGACGACUUCUGGAGCACGGCUUUGCAGGCCAAAUCAGUGGCUGUCAAGACCACACGUUUUGCCUCAUUCCCUGACUACCUGGUCAUCCAGAUCAAGAAGUUCACCUUCGGCCUAGACUGGGUGCCCAAGAAACUGGACGUGUCCAUUGAGAUGCCAGAGGAGCUGGACAUCUCCCAGCUCAGGGGCACAGGGCUGCAGCCGGGAGAGGAAGAGCUACCUGACAUUGCCCCACCCCUGGUCACUCCGGAUGAGCCCAAAGGUAGCCUUGGUUUCUAUGGCAACGAAGACGAAGACUCCUUCUGCUCCCCUCACUUCUCCUCUCCGACAUCGCCCAUGCUGGACGAGUCUGUCAUCAUCCAGCUGGUGGAGAUGGGUUUCCCCAUGGACGCCUGCCGCAAAGCUGUGUACUACACGGGCAACAGCGGGGCCGAGGCCGCCAUGAACUGGGUCAUGUCGCACAUGGACGAUCCAGAUUUCGCAAACCCCCUCAUCCUGCCUGGCUCCAGUGGGCCUGGCUCCACAAGCGCAGCUGCCGACCCCCCGCCAGAGGACUGUGUGACCACCAUCGUCUCCAUGGGUUUCUCCCGGGACCAGGCCCUGAAAGCGCUGCGGGCCACGAACAAUAGUUUAGAACGGGCCGUCGACUGGAUCUUUAGUCACAUCGACGACCUGGACGCCGAGGCCGCCAUGGACAUCUCGGAGGGCCGCUCGGCUGCUGACUCCAUCUCCGAGUCCGUGCCAGUGGGACCCAAGGUCCGCGACGGUCCUGCAAAGUAUCAGCUCUUUGCCUUCAUCAGUCACAUGGGCACCUCCACCAUGUGCGGUCACUAUGUCUGCCACAUCAAGAAGGAGGGCAGGUGGGUCAUCUACAAUGACCAGAAAGUGUGUGCCUCGGAGAAGCCGCCCAAGGACCUGGGCUACAUCUACUUCUACCAGAGAGUGGCCAGCUAAGAGCCUGCCCUCACCCCUCCCACUGCGGCAGGGGACAGACCUGGCAUGAGGGAGAUGGGCUGAGGGGUGGACUUCAGCCCUCCUGCUCUGUGUCCUUUUUCUUUUUGUCCCCAGCAGCAGGGAAGAAGCUGGAGGCCAUAGAGGAAUGGCCAAGCAAAGUGGAGGGGCACUGUCUAGACUUUGGGGACAGAGCAGGAAGGGGACAGGAGGGGCGUCCCCUGCCCCUGAUCCACAGUGCCCUGCUUCGCUGUGUAAUCCUGCCCAGCCCCGCUGCAGAGGGGAGGGGUCUUACUUGUGUGCGUGUGGGUGUAGCUUCGUGCAUCCUCUCCCCGGGAGGGACCGUCUGCUCGCCCUCCCCCUCUGUGUUUGUCCCUGCGUGGCUGGGCAAGGAGGGAUAUGAGGGAAAUGGGGGGCCCUCCUUGCCUCGGUCUUCCCCCACCCUGUCUCUUCCCUGUCCUCUGGAAAAUGCCAAAAUACACGAUGUGAAUAAAGGUACAAUGGUUCCA